UUAAAAGUAGUCUAUUCAUUUCAUCAACAUGAAUCUUUACAACUAAAUAGCGUGUAAAUGUGCCACGUCAUAUAACGAACGCUUUAUCUUCUUUCAAGAUAAUAUAUUAUGAAGCAUUAAAGUAACAUUCAUUCACGCUACUAGUUACGUUACUAGUCUGACAGUCUGACGCGAAAUCAAGAUUCGUUAUGUCUACCAAAAGCAUACCAUACUUUUUAUCAGGGUCGGUAGUUAGGGGGUUUGGCAGAGGUUCCAAAGCCUUGGGGAUACCUACAGCAAAUCUUGAAGACGAGGUAGUAAAUAAUUUGCCUGGUGAUCUUAGUACUGGAAUUUAUUAUGGAUGGGCUUCUAUAGACGGACAAACUUAUAAAAUGGUUGCUAGUAUUGGUUGGAAUCCGUUUUAUAAAAACGAAAAAAAGACGGUGGAGAUACAUUUAAUGCAUAAAUUUGAGAACGAUUUUUAUGGGAAACAAAUUAAAGCUGUUUUUACGGGAUAUGUACGACCAGAAAAAGAUUUUACUUCUGAAGAGGAAUUAAUUCGAGCGAUAAAAGAUGAUAUUACAAUUGCCAAAGAACAAUUACAGAAAUCAGAUAUGGCGGUUUAUAAAGAUAAUUCAUUCUUUAAGGAAUAAUCUGAUUGUAUAAGAGUACUAUAAUCAUAAUUUGUAUUACAAAUGAUAUGAUCAUGUUAUGGCAAUAUUUCCUCGCUAUAUGCGGAAAUAAUAUUAACUCAUACUUUGCUAUAGUUCAUAGUUUACUCUAAUUAGGGAUAAUGUCUAUAAUAUAAAUACCUUUAAUUAUUAA